CUCUGCAGACAAUGCAGAAAUUAAGACGAAUGCUCUCCGCAGGUCCCCAGAUAAUGACCGAGGCGACGGCGUGUCUCCCCGCAUGGAGAACGCUGCAGGACGCGGCACCGGCGCUACCCGCAUUGCAUCACGGACACGACUCUCGGCGCCCCGCUGUCCUCCUCCCACACCAGGCGGCGUUAUAGGGAGACUUUAUUUCAGGUCCAGCGUGGCACGAAGACGUUAAGUCCGCUAAUUCCAACUUUAAGCGCGCAGCUGAAUGGAUCGCGCUUCUGCAAGAGGCCGGUCCGUGGCAUCCGCCGAUACCUCCCACGCGUGUUGUUCGAAGCCGGACCACGUUGGGGCUUAAAGAGGGCGCCGCAACCUGUAGCUGUGCGCGCCCUUGGCACAACUUGUUCCAUCCCGAGAGGUGAGAUGGAGCCGCGCAGCUGACGACUUGGGAUCCGCAGCGCUGGGGAGGCGAGGAAAGAAGUCAUCCCAGUGGAAACAUGUAUGGGCGCUACACCCAGGACCUGGGUGUUUACGCCAAGGAGGAAGCUGCUCGUCUACGGGAUGGCGGCGUACGGAAUGGCGGAGGACUGCGGCGGAACACCAGCGUCCGGAGUCGCGCCGUAGACUUCCAGGAGUACGGGAAAGACCCGUGUGCAAAGUGCCAGUCGUGCGCAUCUCGCUGCCAGAAGUUCCUGAUCUCGCGGGUGGGAGAGGACUGGAUCUUCCUCAUCCUGCUGGGGCUGCUCAUGGCGCUGGUCAGCUGGGUCAUGGACUACGCCAUCGCCUUCUGCCAAGAAGCACAGAAGUGGAUGUAUGGCGGCCUGGACAGUAACAUGUUCCUGCAGUACAUCGCUUGGGUCACCUAUCCUGUGGUGCUCAUCACCUUCUCUGCAGGAUUCACACAGAUACUGGCUCCUCAGGCCGUGGGCUCGGGCAUUCCGGAGAUGAAGACAAUUCUGAGGGGAGUCGUCCUCAAGGAGUAUUUGACUUUUAAGACGUUUGUGGCCAAAGUCAUCGGCCUGACCUGCGCCCUGGGCAGCGGGAUGCCUCUGGGGAAGGAGGGACCUUUCGUCCAUGUCGCCAGCCUGUGUGCCGCCCUGCUGAGCAAAUUCACAGCAGCUCUUUUUGGUGGAAUCUGCAUGGAAGACCACUUUGAGGGAAACAAGAACGAGUUGAGGAACACCGAAAUGCUGUCGGCUGCCUGCGCGGUGGGUGUGGGCUGCUGCUUCGCUGCCCCCAUUGGAGGAGUGUUGUUCAGCAUCGAGGUCACGUCCACCUUUUUCGCUGUGAGGAACUACUGGAGGGGCUUCUUCGCUGCUACUUUCAGUGCCUUCAUCUUUCGAGUGCUGGCUGUGUGGAACCAGGAGGAAGAGACCAUCACUGCUCUUUUCAAGACCCGCUUCCGUCUGGACUUCCCUUUCGACCUUCAGGAGCUGCCGGCAUUCGCCAUCCUUGGGAUUGCCUGCGGUUUUGGCGGCGCCCUCUUUGUGUACUUGAAUCGUCUCAUUGUGGAGUGCAUGAGGAAGCAGAAGACCAUUAACAAGCUUUUGUUGAGGAACCCUUCUCUCCCUGUCAGGCGCCUGGUGUACCCGGCGCUCGUCACCCUGCUGAUCUCCACCCUCACGUUCCCCCCGGGCUUUGGGCAGUUCAUGGCGGGUCAGCUGACGCAGCACGAGUCUCUGGUGGCGCUGUUUGACAACCGCACAUGGUGCCGUCAGGGCGUGGCCGAGGAGUUCGACUAUAUCAGCCACCACCACCACGGUUGGAAGCACCCCCAGGUCAACGUCUUCAUCACGCUAAUCCUCUUUAUCGUCAUGAAGUUCUGGAUGUCAGCCGUGGCCACCACCAUGCCCGUUCCAUGCGGGGCCUUCAUGCCGGUUUUCCUCAUUGGUGCUGCAUUUGGCAGGCUUGUUGGAGAGGUCAUGGCUACCAUGUUUCCUGAUGGUAUACAUGCUGACGGCAGCGUGUAUCCCAUAGUUCCCGGCGGUUACGCAGUCGUGGGUGCGGCGGCGCUGUCCGGGGCGGUCACCCACACCGUGUCCACAGCGGUCAUUGUCUUUGAGCUGACCGGUCAGAUCUCGCACAUCCUGCCUGUAAUGAUCGCGGUGAUCCUGGCCAACGCCGUGGCCCAGUCGCUCCAGCCGUCGCUGUACGACUCCAUCAUCCGCAUCAAGAAGCUGCCCUAUCUUCCAGAGCUGGGAAUGGGGCAUCAGGAGAAGUAUAAUAUCCGCGUGGAAGACAUCAUGGUGCGGGAUGUGCGCUACAUCACGCUGACCUCUUCCUACCGGGAGCUGCAGGAGAUGCUGCUGACUGGUCAGCUUAAGACGCUCGCACUUGUUGAAUCCAGAGACUCCAUGAUCCUGCUGGGCUCCAUCGAGAAGCUGCAGCUGCAGUCUCUGCUCUCGCUCCAGCUGGGCCGCCAGCGCCGCCUGGAGUACCUGCACCAACUGGCCCUGGACAGUGACGCCAACGAACACCUGCCCAGCCUGGCCAGCGACAACGCUCAUCAAGGGGUCCGCUUCUUGAUCUCCACUGAGGAGUCCUCCUCCUUCAGCCCAGCAGUGGUCUCCAACAGCCAGCAGCUGCCUCUCAAAUCGGCUCUGAAAAGCGUGUCCGCAAUCAGCAACGCUGACACGCCAAGCAGCUCUCAGACGCUCUCCUGCGUCGAGCAAGACAAGGAGCUGCUGGAGGUGAGAGCGAGUGCGGGAGAGGUCAAGGAUCAAAGCCCAGCUGCCCCCUCUGCAAGAAGGAAGCCCAAACGAGUGAGGAUCUCCAUGGCGGACUCGACUGAAGUAGAAGAUGGGAUGACACCGACCGAGAUCGCCGAGUGGGAGGAGCAGCAGCUUGAUGAGCCGGUGGAUUUUAAGAACUGCAAGAUCGACCCGGCGCCCUUCCAGCUGGUGGAGCAAACGUCCUUGCAUAAGACUCACACCAUAUUCUCCCUGCUGGGCCUGGACCACGCCUAUGUGACCAGCAUGGGCCGCCUGGUGGGCGUCGUCUCCCUCAAAGAGUUGCGUAAGGCCAUCGAAGGCUCCGUGACGGUGACCGGUGUGAAAGUGCGCCCCCCGUUGGCCAGUUUCCGUGACAGCGGCAACACCACCAGCGUCUCUGAGGUGACGGAACUCCACAAGCUGUGUAUCCGCCACAGGGGGCUCUCACUGCCGCAGGGACUCAACCCUCCCGGCGCGGAGGACCAGCCGGACGUGGCGUCGGACUCCAGCGGUCUGCAGUUUGAAGGCACGCCGCACGCCUUGUCACAGCUGGCGCUCCAGGAAAGUCCCUCCUUCACGGAGGAGCCAUCAGAAUUCACAUUCGACUGCAGCCCCUCCCACACCGAGGAGUCCGAGCUGGUCUGUGACUGUGACCCCGCUGAUUCCGACCAAGCGGAGCAAGAAAGUGGGAGUCGGCCUCUGAGCAUGAACCAAUCAGAACAGGAGGAAGCAGCAAAGGACCAAUCAGAGGGAUGAAUGUUCUUGACGUUGCCUUGUUGAAGCACCAUUCUCAUCUUUCAUUGUCUACCCAAAUCCAUCCAUUUUCAACCGCUUGUCCCUCUCGGGGUGUGCUGGAGCCUAUCCCAGCUGGAAGGUGGAGUACACCCUGGACAAGUUGCCACCUCAUCCCAGGGCCAACACAGGUAGACAACAUUCACACACUCGGGCCAAUCAGCCUGUAGCCAGCUGAGUGUUGAUCAUGAGCAUGUGUGUGCACUCCAGGCCAACAGGGGGCUGCGUUUUAUCACAGUGAGGUUUACUCACCACACAUUGGAUUGUAUGGUGACACGUUUAGUCGCGCAAUCCAAAACACAAAUAUCACAAAUGUUUAAAUUAUAGCACCAAAAUCAGGAUAAUUGGACAAAAGUUAUUCUCGUUAUAAACAAUGGUGUGGAGUGCAUGAGAAAGUGGGAGCCACAGGGUCGUAAACACUGUGUUGCAUGAAUUAUGAUAACCAGCUUCAGCAUCCCCCCAAGUGUUUAUAUCACUCUCCAAGCAUGAAUGUUCUGAAUCCAAGACAUAUUUUUUUGUAUUAAAUGUCCACUAGGGUUGAUUUUUGAACACUAUUUACAAGGGCAUACAUCAAUGAAUGGCAGUAGGGAAGGACCUUCGAGUAGAUUCAGGACUUUUUUGGUACAUUGUUGCUCUUUUUUUGGCCUUAACUUUGGUUGUGUUGCUCCGAAUGGAAUUAUUUUUUUGUAAGAGAGUGGUCCGAAUCAUAUAACGUGGCCCACCAUGUCAGUCAGUGUGGUCUGCCACAUCAAAUAAUGUGACCCUAAAAAGAACAAGUUUGACAUCCCACGUGAACAGAACAUUUGGAUAUAUAUUUAUUACUACUUUUUUUGCACAAACCUCUUAGCUUCAGUCCUAAAUAAAACUAGUAAACAUGUCAUGUUUUUUUUAUUUUAUUUUAACCCCUUGAAUGCCCAUUUAAUCUUCUUUUUUUUAUUUAAAAAAAAAAAAAGGCAUACAUUGAGUUAUGAUCCAUGUAGUGAAUGUUAAAGGGCUGAGAUACUGAUGUAAAGUUAAGGCCAUACAUAUAUAAGAUAAGAAAUAAAACACAUUACGCAUCGUUAUCUUUUUUGUAGGGCCAGAUUCCAAACAUUAUGCGGUGUACUAUCAUGGGGGGGAAAAAAGUCUCCAUUGACUACCAUUAUAACUACAAUUUUAACUGUUUAGUCAUUACACAAGAUGAUCAUGCAGUUUUAUAAUUUUAGGAUUACAUUUUAUACAUGUGUGUGUGUGUGUAUAUA